AUGGCUUGUAAAGCAAAGCUUAUGAUUCCUGAGGAUGAGAAGUACGAAGGAAAGCCAUUUGCCCUUUCACACGCAAGGACCGCCAUUACAACAAUAAAGGCGAAGUUCAAUACGCAGCAGUUACAGAGGUUCGAGGGGAGUUGUUUUGGUCAUCUAUUACUGAUAGAGGACCUGAAGUGGAAUUCACAAGUUGUCCACGGGCUGUUGAUGAGGAAAGCUGAUCCUAAGACAGUUACACAGGCGACAAAUGAAAACUGCUCCUUGAAGCGAAAAUACUUCAGUAGCAAUAAACCUCCCACCCUUUUGGACCUACACACUGCCUUCAUUGAGUGCACAGAUGAUGACGAUGCGUUAAAGCUUGGAAUGGUCUAUUUUGCCAUUUUUGUGCUAUUGGGUACUGAAAAGCAUGUGCUUUUUGACUUGCGCUAUUUGAAGUUGGCCGAAGACUUAGAAGAGUUUGACAAGUAUCCAUGGGGUGCCGUGUCAUAUGCGAUGACAAAUGCUUCACUUUUGAGGGCAGUUUCUCCUGAUUACCAACGAGUGAAGGUGCCCCAAAACAGAAAAAAGCCCAACAAACGUGGGAAGAAGAGAGCGGAGACAAGAAUGGAAUGCAGUAGAGCCAGAGAGUACAUCAUAAGGGGGUUUGGCUUCGCUCUUCAGAUUUGGGCUUUUGAAGUCUUCCCAGCAUUGGAAGGAUUGCAUUUCACGGUCCAUGAAGACAAUAGGCACAUCCCUCGAAUAUUACAUUGGAGGAGCAACACGGUGGCCCGUUUUCGGGAGGUUAUGAGUCAGGUUUAUGAAAACUUUGAGGUUGAUGUGCAACUUCUCCGGCCGACUGAUAUUGAGAAGCAACAACCUUACUGGAGUUGGGGCGAUGAUGAGAACAAUGAAGAAAUUGUUCAAUUGUUUGGGGAUGAGGGCGAAGACAAAACCAGCACUUCUAGUGAAGAAAAAGAGGCGGAUGUUGAGGAAACAACUACCCUUCCCUCCUCUUCUAAGGGCAAAGGGUCUUUUAAUGACUUUGGCAGGUUGAAGCAUCAAUUAGAAAGCACUAAGGAUGAGUUAGCAAAGCUACGUAGUUCAAAUCGGGGCCUUAGGAACAGAGUUCGUGAAUUGGAAGCUAUUGUAGACAAGAACUGUUUGAAGCAUGAGAAGGAGUGUGACAGAAAUAAAAAGGCUAUUGGGGAUUUGACCCUAACAAUUGCUUCAGUGGAACAUUAUUUUAAAUUGGAGAUGGAGGAGUUAAAAAAUUAUAUGGUGGACAAGGGCAUGAGGAAGUGUGGACUGCUCAGAUGA